UGCUAGCUGGAUGAUGUGGUGACCAGCAGGAGGCGAGGGGAGUUUGGAAGGCUAGUUUUCCUCCUCAUAUGGCAGCAGUGUCGGUGAAAUGUCCGUUUGUAUGGCUGCUGCUGUGGCUCUGCGUCCGGCUGUCCGAGACCCAAAAGACCCGCGUCUCCAUGGACGAUGACGUCCUGCUGCCGUACGCCCACGCCCACGGCCCCUCCCACUCUCACCGCCACGUCAGGGACUGUCAGCCCGUCGUUCACGGCAACGCCACCCACGAGAGCUGGCCCUCCAGCGACCGCGGCGGGCUGCCGGUGGCCGAGUCCUCGGUGUUCGUAUCGGAUGUGCCGGGAAGCUCCAGAUGGGUUUACGGUCACAUGACGGUGGUCCACGACCCGCUGAGGACGGUGUCGGUGUUGGAGCCCAGCGGGCCGGGCGGCUGCGGGAUGAACCAGAGGGCCACCGUGGAGGAAACGGCCGAGGCCGCCGGGUGCCUGUACGCCCAGAACGCCGGCUUCUUUAACACAAAAACACACGAGUGCCUGGGUAACGUGGUGAGCGACGGCAGGAGGGUGCAGGACAGCGGGGGGCUGCAGAACGCCCAGUUCGGCAUCAGGAGGGACGGCAGCCUGGUGUUCGGGUAUCUGUCACAGGAGGAUGUUCUGGACCAGUCCAACCCGUUCGUCCAGCUGGUCAGCGGCGUGGUGUGGCUGUUGAGGAACGGCGAGGUUUACAUCAACCAGAGCCUGACGGCCGAGUGCGACAAGACGCAGGAGACAGGUGUUUUCCGAAAUUUCGUGGACGUGGUGUCGGCCAGGACGGCGGUGGGCCACGACGCUGAGGGCAAGCUGAUCCUGGUUCAGAUGGAUGGACAGACUGGAAUAAGAGGAAUGAGUCUUUGGGAGAUGGCUGAGUUUCUGAAGCAGUAUGGAGUCAUCAACGCCAUUAAUCUGGAUGGAGGCGGGUCUUCCACCUACGUGGUCGAUGGCUCAUUGGCCAGCUACCCCUCUGAUCACUGUAAACCGGACAGCAGGUGGCGCUGCGCCCGGCGCGUUUCCUCCAUCUUGUGCGUUCACCAGCGGCGCUGCCAGCCGGCGAACUGCAGCGGACACGGAGACUGCGUGGACGGACGCUGUCAGUGCCAGGAGGGCUGGCGGGGCGAGGCCUGCGACUCUCUGGUGUGUCAGCCGCCGGCCUGCGGCCCCCACGGAGUCUGCACCGCCAAUGGUUGUGUCUGUGAUGCUGGGUGGAGAGGAAACAACUGCAGCCAUGAGUGCCUCCCAGGUUUCUACGGUGACGACUGCAAACAAGCCUGCACCUGUGCCAACGGCGGCUCCUGCGACCACGUCCACGGACGCUGCACCUGCCCCUCAGGUUUCCACGGCAACACAUGCGAACAAGCGUGUCCUCUGGGUUUCUUCGGCCCGUCCUGCGCCCAGGAGUGUCGCUGUGACGACCUGUGUCCAUGUGACCCGCAGACAGGAAGCUGCAACGCCACCCUGCGAGGAGAGAGCAACUACACUUUACACAGAGCUGGACACUGUCUGGCCAAACAGAUGUUUGCAUCUUGGAGACGAGAUGAAGAAGCUCACAGAGAGCAGCCUCAUCUGACAGAGCGUACCUGGCUGAUGGUCACCUUCACUCUGGCCUCGCUGCUCGCCGUCAGCCUCCUGGUUCACCUCCUGCCAGCGUGUCGCGGCUCCGCGGCGGCUCACACCCCCGCACGUCGAGACUACACCUACGUCCCUCUGAACGACAUCAACGGAGCCGCUUCGCGUGCCGGAGGAGACGGCGGGAAAUCCACGAAAGGGGUUUUCAGGUUGGACGACUCGGACUCUCAGGACGAGCUCUGGUCUCCGCCGCGCUCGUAGCUGUCGGGAGGACGACGAGCGAGGACGCUCUUUGCACAAAGAGAACAGCUGAGUCUCGCUGGAUGGACUCAGUCUGACUCGGCUCAGUUAAUCUCACGGCUCAGACCUUCAGAUCUGAUCAUCCUGAGAGGAGGUCGAAGCUUUACUUUGCUCCGGAUGUCUGACUGCCGCUCCGGAGCUCAGGAGGUUUUCAGCUCGUCGUCAUGUCGACUGAUGAACUUUGACCUCUAACCAGGGCCCUGUAUCAUCAAGCGAGUUUCGUUUGUUAUCCAACGAUUUUCGAGCUCAACUCAGGUUUUCCAGCAUCACAAAGCUGGUUCACUUUGGUCACCAUGGUAACUGGGUUAGGUCACCAUGGUAACGUAAGCUGCAUGGCUAACCCGCUUCGGAGUGCGUCUGACGAUUUUCAAACCCACUUUGGAUCCACCUCCGCUGGUUUCUGAGGAAAGCCGGCUGCUUUUCCAUGGAAACGGCUGUUAUGCGGGAAAUGUGACAGUUAGGCCACAGUAGGUUGGAAAAUAGCGAUGUGGCGCUCUGAAUUUCCUGUUUAUCAGACCACGAAUGAGACUAAAGUUAGCUCGCUAGUGUUGGCACGGCGGCAGCUGAAGAGGCGUAAUGGGAACGCAGCCGUCAGUUUCAUCCAAAGUGGGCUGGAAAAACGAUAAGACGCCUCAUGGGGCCGACUGCUGACCAAUCAGAACGCCAAAAAAAAUGGUGUCAUCAUUCCUACAGGGUCCUGGAAUGGACAAAAGUAGCAAGUUUAGUGAAGACCAAUAGAGACGUUUUUAAUAUAUCAAUUGAAUGACUUAAACACCAUGAUAAUGUUAAUAAAUAAAGAUCAAGAUUAUUUAAGUAGGAACCAUUUUUCCCCCAACGGAGUUUCGCCUACUUAGUCCCACUACACCUCCAGGAGGCUAGGCGGUGAACUCUGGCGUCCCAGAGGUACCCCCCUAGUGCCAGUUCACACUGCUCCUACACAAUCCAAACAGCACCGCCACGUUCAA